GAAGACAUUUUAAUUAACGAGCAGCAAAUCAAAAAUGUUUUAAGUGACCCUUUUGCAUGACGUUGGCUCGGUUCAUGUGUUUUUGAGUCAUCCAACAUUUUACAUCGGGACAGUUUCUAUCCACCCAAGUAUUUAGUCGAGGUUUUCCAAAGGACACUUGAAUGUCACUGCUUAAAGAAAGCAGCAUAUUGGAUAUUAAUUUGUAUGUUAACUGUUGUUAUUUCUUCAAUUAUUCAGUAGUUUUAAGGGCAAACGUGAGUUUUCGGCCAUAUUUCAGCGCAGAAGACUUUUAUUCUGAAAACAUAAUAGCCGGAGCCGUUAUGAACACAGUUCCGGCUGCCGGUGCAGACGGAACAAAACAGACUCCGGUUCCGUGCGGGAGCUCCUGUCCAGUCUGGUUUAACCUUUUAGUCCAAGAUGGGGGAGGCAGACGUGACGCUGAAUCAGACCGACGAGAAGCCUCCGGACGCGGGGCUGGUUCCAGGCGAGGACUCGGUGGUGUGGAGCCACGAGGUGGAGGUCUGUCUGUUUCACGCCAUGAUCGGACACAAACCCGUCGGAGUGAACCGUCACUUUCACAUGAUCUGCAUCAGAGAUAAGUUCAGUCAGAACAUCGGCCGGCAGGUUUCUUCCUCCGUCAUCUGGGAUCAUCUGGGAACCAUGUACGACAUGCAGGCUCUGCACGAGUCGGAGAUCUUGCCGUUUCCAAACACAGAGAAGAGUUUCUCUCUGCCGGACGACAUCAUCCAGGAGGUUAAAGAAGGGAAGCUGUGCUCAGAGGAGGAAACCAAAGAGGAGUUCAGGAUGGAGAGAGAGCCUCCAGCUACACAUGAAGAAGGCAGCAACUCGUCGGUGAAGAUGACGGAGCGAACGAGCAGCAGUCGCGACAAGGAGAGAGAGCGGGACAAGGAGAAGGGAGGGAGCGAAGGAGGAGGAGGAGGGAAGGAGGCGGAGAAGAGGAAGAGGAGCCGGGCGGCCGAGAAACUGCUGUCGUCUUCCAACCCAGCGAGUCCGGGAGGAGUCAAGAGGAGACGCACCUGAGAGACGGACAGAGUGUGUGGGGAGGGGGGAGACGGAAAGAGAAGGAGGUGAUCGGACUGUGAAGGAUGAAAGAGAAACGAGCGGAAAAGAGGAGGAGGAGAAGAAGAAGAGGGUGCCGACAAACCUGCGAGCUCUGUGUCACGUGACCGUCUGCUGUCUGAUCGCCAUGCUGCCAACAGGAAACGGCUGGAGUGAGGAUGUAGAGCAGGAAACGUUAACCUCUGUUCUGUUCCUUUAUAGCAGCUCGCUCCAGGGCUUCUCCGAUUGGCUGCGCUACACCUGUCAAUCGGCAUCUGCUGCCUCGUCCUGGCGCAGUUUCCAUCAUGUGAUCGCGGCGGGAGGAAGUGACACGUCUGGACACCGCAGCCUUUCAUUUUUUUACCUGUAAUUUGAUCAUAUUGUUGUCAUUUUCAGUGGGGGCGUGGCCAUCCUCACGCUUUAAAAUCCACUUUUAGUUUCAGUUUGAUUCACUCAGUCGGGGUCACUGGCAGUGAUGAGCUUUGAGGUAGCCCCCCCCUCACUCACACACACACACACUCACACACACACACACACACACACACACACAGAUUUAGUGUAACGCUCCUUUAACAACGUCAAAAUCAGGAUGGACAGUCUGAAAAAAAGGCUCCACAUUCUUCCAUUCUUCUCUCCUGUCAGAGCUUGGUGCCUGCGUUCCCCACAAUGCAGUUCGGCCACUGACAGAGACUCAGGUGCGUUAUGCUAGUAGGUGCUAAUGUAUCCUAUAUUAUGAGCCUGUAGCCUGCAGCCGAGAUGGGGGGGGGGCACAGAGGUCUGGUGAGCUCACUCCUCUCUCACUCCACACCCCCAGGUUUCUUUAUUUGAUGCUGACUCAGGUGACGUCACCUGGAAGAGCAGCAGUGAGUAGUUGCAAGGGUUUUUUUUUCUGCCCCGGGUCUGGUCUGUCAGGGAGGUUGUAGCAGACAAGACUAAGGGCUUAAAAAAAGACCUGCCACCCGCUGUGCAAGUCAGGAAACCAUGAAUUCUGUUAUUUACAGCUGGGAUUCUCCUAAAAACAUGUUAGAACAGAACACCAGUGAGAGAUGAGGCCCAGGGCUCUUCAGCGGGAAUCCUCCCCAGGUGUCUAGACGGCGCUGUACGCAGGGCAGGUGCAUUAGAGGUCUGUGUCAUAGUGUGGAGUGUUAAGCCAGAGCAGGGGGUCAGGUUUUACUGAGACUAGAGACGAGACUCGGCUCACGUGAACGUCUGCCCGGCUGACGGAGAGCGAGGCGUCUGAGCGGAGAUUCAGCAGGUCAGUCAGGGUCUGAAAUGUGAAGCUCUUCAAGGUUGUAAACGUUUGACCGUGGAGCGGAAUGCAACAAAUAAAUCGCAGCUUUCGCGCUUUUCCUCCGAAGCAGAUGUUACAGCAUUUCUUAGCAAAGUGUUCAUGGGACGUUCAGACCAACCGUUUCCUCCUUGAGUCUGUCCUGUCGCGUUUCUCUGCGGCUCCACUUCGUUCAGUGACGGAUAAACAGCGUUUCGGUCUCGGCAGACGCAGAUGACAGGCUGAGCAAGUUGUCAGCUGAUCACUAACGUCUUGAAACCAUGAAAAUAAAACGUUCCCUUUGAUUUUUUCUUUUUUUUUUUUUUAAACGACGUGUUAAUUUAUUGAUGGAUGAUGAGCUGAUGUAUGAGGCCGUUCGGCUGUUUGUGUCAUUAAAGCUGAACUCAGAUCA